GCAGCCGGGUCGGGGCGGCACCAGCAACCGGAGCGGCCGCGCGUUCGCCGGUGACGGCGCUCGCGCCCACCCCAUCCAGCCCGGCCCCGCCCCGCUCGGCCCCGCCCCGCCCCGCCCCGCCGGCGACGGGCGCCAGUUGCCGCUUGGAGGUUAAUGCACAUUUACAUCACUAUUUUCAAUCUGUUGACACUUUGUGUAAUGAUGGCUCAGCUCCAGCAAGGAGGCCCAGAUGAAAAAGAGAAGACUACUGCAUUAAAGGGGUACAAGCUCCUGACCACCUUUUGGAAGAACUUUCCUGGCCUUUUCCCAACAAAUCCAGUACCAUCCCUGGCUGUAAGGAACUGGCCAAGAGGAAACCUUCCCAUUUACAACAGGAGCCAGCACAUUAAUGGUGCGAUUGCACCGCAUGUAGUUUCCUGCAAAGAUUUAUUGUCUAGAAUAGACUUGGAUGAACUAAUGAAAAAAGAUGAACCACCACUUGAAUUUCCUGAUACUCUGGAAGGAUUUGAGUAUAUAUUUAAUGAAAAGGGGCAAUUAAGACACAUCAAAACAGGAGAGCCAUUUGUUUUUAAUUAUCGUGAAGAUUUGCAUAGAUGGAACCAAAAGCGCUAUGAAGCUCUUGGAGAGAUCAUUACGAAAUAUGUUUAUGAACUACUGCAAAAGGAAUGCCACUUGAAGAAAGUAACUCUCCCAGUUGAUGCAACUGAGAGUGAACCAAAGAGCUUUAUCUUUAUGAGUGAAGAUGCAUUAACAAACCCUGACAAGCUGUUGGUCCUAAUUCAUGGUAACGGCGUUGUCAGAGCGGGUCAGUGGGCUCGGAGGCUUAUAAUUAAUGAAGAUCUGGACAGUGGCACGCAGAUACCAUAUAUAAAGAGAGCUACUGAGGAAGGCUAUGGAGUAAUAGUACUGAAUCCCAAUGAGAACUAUAUUGAAGUGGAGAAGACAAAAGCCCAAGUACAGCUGUCUUCUGAUAGCUCAGAUGAACCUGCAGAAAAGAGGGAAAGAAAAGAUAAAAUCCAGAAGGAAACAAAGAAGCGACGUGACUUCUACGAAAAGUAUCGAAAUCCGCAAAAAGAAAAAGAAACUAUGCAGAUGUAUAUCAGAGAUAAUGGAUCUCCUGAAGAACAUGCAAUUUAUGUUUGGGACCAUUUUAUUUCCCAGUCAGCUGCAGAGAACGUGUUUUUUGUUGCUCACAGUUAUGGUGGACUUGCCUUUGUAGAGUUGAUGAUUCAACGAGAGGCAGAAGUAAAGAAUAAGGUAACUGCUGUGGCGUUGACAGACUCUGUGCACAACGUGUGGCAUCAAGAAGUUGGGAAAACUAUUCGAGAGUGGAUGCGAGAGAACUGCUGCAACUGGGUGUCCAGCUCCGAGCCCCUGGACACGUCGGUGGAGUCCAUGCUGCCAGACUGCCCCCGCGUCUCUGCAGGUACGGAGCGCCACGAGCUAACUUCCUGGAAGAGUUUUCCAUCUAUUUUCAAGUUCUUCAGCGAGGCGAUAGAGGCAAAGAACAGCUCAGUGAAACCAACCCCAACGCGGCGCUCCAACAGGAUAAAAUACGAAGAAUUGUAAAAGGAGGGGAGGGGGGGAAACAAACAAAAAUAACACAAGAAAAACACAACACCAACCUCUUUGCUGCUUGUUUUCUGCAAGCAGUCUCCCAGCCCCUCAUUAGAUUGUUUUCUUCCUAGAGCACAGGGUCAUGAUGUAUACAUCUAAAUAGCGUUUUGCAUUAUUUCUAGAUGAGUGCAACUGUCAAAGCAAUAUGGGUUCACUGGUUGUGCUUCCUGUGGGCUGUAACUUGGAUUUCGUGCUGCCCAUCAGCGCGCAGAUUAAGGCUGACAGUGGUACUGCACAGUGCAGCAUGGUGCAGCUCUAAUUGCCCUGACAUAGCCCUGCACCAAGCUGAUGCCAGAAUUUAACAGCUUCGUUGUGGUCCUAUCGCCUGCAGGAUUUUUUGCUGCUUCCUUCUAUUUUUUGACAGAACAAAAUAGCAAUUACUCUUUCUUAAAGACAGCUCUAACUCAGAAGUGCUAACCAGCCCAUGAUUUUACACCCAGUAGCCUUCUCUUUCUCUGGGACCAGGUGGGAUCAACUGUUGACUCUUUCAUUUUCUGCUGGUAGGAGGGUCCAAGAAGUUUGGUCCAGAUUUAUAGGACACCCACUUUGUUGUAGAGAUUUUCUCCUCCUGCCAGAUCAAUGGCAUUAUCUGUAGAUCUUUUGAAAAGCUCCACUUAAAAAAAAAAGCCUAUUCAUUAACUGGGUGGAUCACACUGUGAAAUAUGACAGGAAAAAAAAUAAAACCAAAAAAAACCCACAAAACCAGAAGAGAGAGACAUUGCACAUUUUCCUGAUUAUUUUUAAACACAGAGAUGCUUCCAUUUUCAUACACCGGGUUUGUAAUAACUUGCCGUCCUGCGGUUAUUCCCCGUUCCCCUCAGCUAACAGGUCUGUCCCCGCUUUCCCAGGCGCUGGAGCGGGGCCGGGGGCUGCCCUGCAUGGGGACCCCGCACCACAGGUGGGGGUUUGGGGGGCUCUGGGGGGACGUGGCUGCAGCCACCGCCAUCACUGUUGGCAGCUUUUCUGUGCUAAAACGUCUGGUACAAGCGACAAGACGUGCCUGAUAGCGUGCCCGGCGAGCGAGCGCACUAAUUAAGCUCCUUUAGUGUUGAUGAUGCUAAACUAAAGUGAUCUUUUCUUCAGUGGCCAUGCCCGCCUCGCCUCUGAUGCUGCCUGCUAGUGAUGAGGAGGCAACAGUCCAACACACGGGUUUGGGAUGCCCCAUCCCACCCACCCCUCCAUGUAAUGUUCCCUAACCCACAGCUGGGUGCCAGGAAUUUGGGGGGUAGGGGGCGUUAAAACGAGGUGAUGCUGGAGCAGGGGGUAUCCCCUCCACCGGGGAGUGAAGGCAGUGGCACCCAUGGUGGGUCUGGCCAGGUUCGAGCCGAAGUGCCCCGGGUGGGGGGCUCUCUGCACCCCUGGAGAGCUCACUCCCUCCCUGCUCUCUUCCCCCACCCCCACCCCCCCCGCUGCAUUUAACCUCUCCCCCACCUUCCAAGCAUCCCCCGCGUCAGCCCCCAGGGGUUUUUCUUCCCGGAGGGGAACCUGUUGCUGGGGGAGAGGUCUGCAGCAGGGUGUCCUCCCCCCAGCCCUGCCGGAGGAUGCUGCUGCCUGCGGCCGGCCUGACCCCCCCCCCACCAUCGGGGGGGGAGCGGUGGGGGAUCUCCGGGGUACUGAAUGUUGUGGGAAGGCAUCUAUUUUUUUAACUGUGGAUGAGAAACGAAGUGUACAAAAAUUUCUACUGUAACGACUGCCCUUUUUGUAAGGCUUUUAUUCCUUGUUACCGUGCUCGCAUUACCGCUUCGGCAGGGGGCUGCGAAGCAUGGGGUG